UUACGCCGUCCGUUCCUGAUAAAUACGUGGUUUGCGGUGGUCGCUGUUCGUGUGCUGUUCGAGGCUUCGAUUCAUCGUCCCCUCCGGCUCCGAAUCCCCUUUGUCCAUCAAAUCGCAGAGCGAAGAUUCCAUUUCUUUCCCCCCAGUUUUCUUGGCGAACAGUUUAGCGAUCACAAGGUCGAACAGACGGCGAUUGAUCUCCUUUCGUGGCUUCUCUUUCCGGAAGGGAAGAAGAAACCCUAAAGGUCUCGACUUGGAACUGAUUUGGAAGUGGAGUUGGCGAUGGAUCCGGAGCAGACGUACCUCCGAGUCCACGCCCGGUUGUCGGGGAUGCUUUCGCAGCUGUUCACUCCGGGGAUUCGCAUGGCGCUGGAGUUCAUGUACUUCACCUUUGCCGUUGUAAUCUUCGCGCUUCUUUUCGUUAUGCACGUCAAUUUCGUCCAGCAGCCUGGAUGUGCAAGUGAGCUAUCUGGAGUAAAGUUCGGGGAAGCUCAAUUAGUACAGAUCAAGAUAACUACUGCAGGUCUUUGGACUCGGAACUCAUCUGAAUGGAAUAGUUUGGAGCUUCAGAGGGGACAUUUUAAAGAGAAUACUGGCGGUCCAGAUAUUGCAGCAGAUGGAAUCACCAUUUUUUCUACCAAGUUUUGGUCAAACUGGUUAGGUUCAGGUUCUAGAAGGAGCAAACUGAUUUUUAAAUCAUGGAAGAAUGACAAAGAGUUGCUCGUUCCUGUGGUGGGAAAAACAUCUGUCACUACCAUUAUUAAGACCAUGGAACAUGAGACAGAUUCAAAAACUGAGUCACCAAUUCUUCAAAUUGGUUAUCCAAUCUCUAUCAGUGAAUUCAUCAGACAAGUUGAAGCGAAAAACUUCUCUAGUAAGUUGAAGAUGCAAUGUCUUUCAUUUUGGAAAAGAGGAAAGGAGUUUAUGAUCUUUGCCAGUCAUUCAAUGAAACGUGCAGGGUGGUAUCCAUUCCUUGAUUUUCUUGAAUGCUUAUGGCUUUUUUGCUUUGGAGAUCUUAAGUCUUUGCCAGCCAGAUAUCUUGAGAAGAAAAGCAGAGCAAUUGAGCCAAUAUAUUUAUACACAACAGAAAAGGGAUAUUUCCUGCUUCCUGAAGUAGCAAAAUCUCAUCACAACAUACAAACUGUCAAUAUUACAAUAUCCGCUCAAAGCUCAUGCUUUGGGAACAGGUGGCAACAACGUCUUAUCAACACGUUUGUUGGUUACGAUACUAUUUUGAUGAAUACACUUCUAAGUUCUCCUGGGCAUGGUUAUCUUUACAAUUACCAAACAAAAGCGUUCUAUGAUCUUAGUUAUGGUCAAGAAGCAUCAGAUGGUCCUACACGUUUUGGAGAAUACUUGGUUACCAAAUCUGGUGUACUCCUUAUGUCAUUGUUUGUGUUCUUUACCACUACAAUGUCAGUUUCAUUUACAUUGAGGGAAACACAAUCUCGUAUGCUAAGAUUUACAGUCCAGCUUCAACACCAUGCUCGUAAUCAUCUUCCAACAUUCCAGUUAAUCUUUGUGCAUGUAAUUGAGUCUUUGGUGUUUGUACCUAUUAUGAUUGGCAUCCUGUUUUUCCUAUUUGAGUUCUAUGAUGACCAGCUACUAGCAAUCCUGGUCUUAACUCUCGUGUGGCUGUGUGAACUAUUUACGAUGAUCAGUGUGCGGACAACUAUAUCAAUGCAGUUCUUUCCUCGAUUUUUCUUGCUCUAUUUCCUUGUAUUUCACAUCUAUUUCUUUUCUUAUCCUUACGGUUUUUCUUAUGUGGCUUUUUCCGCAAUGGCAGCAUUUAUGCAACACUUGAUUCUUUCCUUCUGGAACCAAUUUGAGGUUCCUGCCUUGCAAAGAUUCAUGAGAGCUCGCGCUCAGCUGCAACAACAAACUGGUGUUCAGAUCACAUCAUCUGCUAUUUACACCUCGACGUUUCACAUUGCUAGAGUAAGCAUACCUAACCGCAAUCCCUCUGGAAAUGAACCCACACCGGCAACAACUGACAUCUCUGCAAGGUCUGAUCAAACUGGAGAGUCCGAUACACCUUUUGCAAACAAUGAACCUCGAGAGGUUCUGAAUAUUAACCCCCAUCAAAGAAUUCUGCCGAGGCCUACCGAUUCUCUAGGAUCCCUUCUGCUCUCAUUGUUUGGUGGUGCAUCUUCUGAAAGCAUAUUCUCCUUUUCCGUCUCCAGAGAUUCCCAAAACCAGGGCCAGGCACACCAGGAACAAGAGAAUCAGCCAUUGACGACCUGAUUUCUUCACAGAAGGCAAGUUAUACUUGAAUUUUAUUUCCUCAAGGCCCCUUCAGAGGUUGAAAGCAUCCAGUAAAGAGAAGGUCGGAGUCAUACUUGCUGGUAGGCUUUUGAAGGCUUGAUGCUCUCGAGUGGAUGGAUGUUCAUGUGAAUAACACCUAUUGUAACGGUUGAGGGUUCAAUUUAUAGAAAACAGAGGUUGAAUAAAUAAGAAAAUUUAUCUUUUCGA